GUCACAAAGCGGAUCUCUUCGGGGCGGCGAUGGAAGUCCGGCGCAGACGAGCGAGACCGCAUGACAGCAAGCAUGACGCCGACGCAAUGACGGAUGAACCGAGGAUGAUUCAAAGAGACGAUAUGAAUGGACAAACAGAGUCGAAUAUCACUUUGAUAGAAAGUAACAAAGCAAAUCCAUCAUAUUCCAUCGGGUCGAAGCAAUUUUUAUCCAGCAACGCGGUUCGCGCUCGAAUCAGGAUCAGCUUGGAGAUUGAUCUGAUAGCGUCGAUUUUAUUAAUUGCGGGCAUUUGCACUCGUCUUUAUCGCCUCGAGGAACCGCGCAGUAUAGUCUUCGACGAACUGCAUUACGGCAAGUACGUCGGAUUAUAUAUGAAGAGGACGUUCUUUUUUGACUCCCAUCCGCCUUUAGGGAAGCAAUUGGUCUCUGCAGCGGCGUACUUGGCUGGAUUCGACGGGCAAUUCAAGUUCGACAGGAUCGGAAGUCCUUACAGCGACGCGAUUCCUUUGUACGCGUUGCGCCUGGUACCGGCGAUAUGCGGCAGUUUAUUAAUCUCCACGGGAUAUUAUCUUAUCUUGGAGCUGGGUUUGAGGCAAUGGGCGGCAGCAAUUGGCGGAAUUGUACUCUUACUCGAUAAUGCAUUAUUGACACAGUCGAGAUUUGUCCUGAUGGAAAGUAUCUUGAUGCAUUUCUCAUUGCUCGGGUUGUUGUGCAUCGUGAAAUUUCGGAAAGUUAUGGAUCAACCGACGUCAGCGUCCUGGUGGUUGUGGCUGAUAUUAGGCAUCGUAAAUCUAACGUGUGCAUUAUGCGUCAAGUACGUUGGAUUUUAUUCUAUGAUUCUCGCGCUCUUCUUAAUCGCUCAUGAUUACUGGUCCCUGCUCUCAAGAAAGACUCUAUCAAACACAGUCUUGUGGAUUCAUCUUAUACUAAGAUUCGUUGUACUAAUCGCUGUUAUUGCUGCCGUAUAUUUGAGCAUAUUCUAUGUACAUCUGGCGGUACUCUCCAAGGCAGGACCGCACGACUCGGUGAUGACGAGCGCGUUUCAAGCGAGUCUGGAAGGAGGACUCGCCAGUAUCACGAAAGGGCAACCUCUGGAAGUGACGCACGGCUCACAGAUCACUCUUAGACACACAUACGGCAGAGCAUGUUGGCUGCACAGUCACAAUCAAGUGUACCCAUUACGGUAUCCCGACGGUCGUGGUAGCUCUCAUCAGCAGCAGGUCACGUGUUAUUCGUUCAAGGACGUUAACAACUGGUGGAUUGUCAAGAAGCCGGACAAAAACGAUCUAGUAGUGACAAAACCCAGCGAGCCCAUUCGGCAUGGUGAUGUGAUUCAACUGGUACACGGGAUCACCAGUAGAGCGUUGAAUUCGCAUGAUGUUGCGGCGCCGAUGACGCCACAGAGCCAGGAAGUGUCGUGUUACAUCGACUAUAACGUGUCCAUGCCAGCGCAGAAUUUGUGGCGGGUGGAGAUCACAAACAGAGACCACUCUGGCGAUGCCUGGCACGCGAUUCAGAGCCAGGUACGGCUGAUACACGUACACGCGAAUGGAGCCGAGUUCGCAUUGAAGUUUAGCGGCAGGCAAUUGCCUGACUGGGGUUUCAACCAGCACGAAGUUGUAGCGGAUCGGCUGGUGGACCAGACUAAUUCCAUUUGGAACGUUGAGGAACACCGGUAUACUAAAAAUGAGGAUCAAAAGCAGCGGGAACGGGAGCUGAUUAGCGCAGAGAUGAUACCAUUGCAGGCAACCACCUUGAGCUUUUGGGAGAAAUUCGCAGAGCUGCAGGUUAAAAUGUUGUUUAGUGGCCAAGAGGGUCAGAACAGUCACAUGUAUUCCAGCGGACCUCUCGAGUGGCCGUUCAUGUCCCGCGGGAUCGCGUACUGGGUAUCUAACGACAGCAAUGCACAAGUGCAUCUUUUGGGGAAUAUUGUGAUUUGGUACUCCGGUACGAUCUCAAUAAUUGCAUAUGUGACGCUGCUGAUAUUUUAUUUAAUGAGGAGGAGAAGACAAUGUUUCGACAUCCCAGAGGAAGAGUGGGAAAAGUUUGUUAACAACGCUUACGUACUGUUAGCUGGGUACCUACUUCAUUUCGUACCUUUCUUAUUCGUUGAACGAACUUUGUUCUUGCAUCAUUAUUUACCAGCCUUCAUUUUCAAAGUCUUAUUAAUGGCAGCCACAAUUGAUCAUCUGUAUUAUUUAAUUAGCACUCAUCGUUCAGCGUGGAGUGUUUCAUUGUACAUCAUAAUCUGUGGUAUCAUCGCUUGGAUACUUUUUAUUAUUUAUGUAUUCAAGAAAUUUAUUGUAUUUAGUUAUGGGACAUCAGCUCUCACUGCCAAGGACGUGAUAAAAUUAAGAUGGAAAGAUACCUGGGAUUUCAUCGUACAUAAAACAUAAAAGUUUGAGUUUCAUUCACAAAAUCUGUUAUAUACGACGUAAUAUUUUUAGACUAUUUUUAACUAGAACUUUAUGUACUUAUGAAACACAUGACAUUUACAAAAAAAAAAAAGAGACGUUAUUCAGUAUAUUUUUAUAAAAAGAUUUUUAGCAAAUGUUAUUGCUUAUAAUGCGCAUAUACGUAUGAUAUGACGAAAUAUCUUGUUAUAAUGGAGCAACAAGUGCCACAAAAUAUAUGGAAUAAUGAUAUAG